CAUCUAUCAAAAUUCAGAAAUUUUCUGGCGACCAACCUAAUAUUUUCAGAGGAUUUCUUGAUUGGCUCAUCAACACUACUGCCUCCAUGGAAAGCCCGUCAUCGACCAGAAGAGUCACUAGAUCACAGACUUUGGAUGCUAAAAACACUAAUAAUGGCAAAAUUGAGGAAUCUGAGAAGUCUGUAACAAGAACAAGGCAGAGGAAUAGUGCAAAGCAACAAGAUCGAUCUGCCCUUAUCGAUAUUACAAAUGAUUCACCAAUUGUUGGGCUUGCAAUGGGGAAUCUAGAUACCCCAUCAUCAACAAUGUCCAAAAAGAGAAUCAAGAGUCAUUCCAAGUAUACUUUCACACCAGGCUCGGGUGAGGCGCUUUUGAGAGGUCAAGCCAAGACCCUUCUGCAGAAAGUUGAAGAGGAGGCAAAUUUUCCGAAAAUCUCCCUAGAAAAAAGGCCUUUGUUUAACCUCAAGUGCCUGGUAAACUCUCCCACGAAUCUUCUUGCUCCAACUCCUACAAACACGCCCCAAAUCUUAAAUAUCGCAGAGUUGAAUUCUGCCACCCCAUCUCCAGUUGAAGACAAGUUUGUGAUUUCUCAGAAUGGAAUUGAUGAGAAGAAAGAAGAGGGAAAUGAAAGUGAGAAGGAUCUGAUUACAAGGGCACUGGAUUUCUCAGAGAAAUCAGAGGGGUUGGAGUGUUCCUCUGUGGUGACUUACCAGGGAGGUAGUAAAGAUAAGCAGCUAUGUACUGACGACGAUGAUGAAGAUGAUGCAUCUUCUAUAUGGUCUAUUCAGGUUAAUGCCAGCAGCAUUAGAGAUGAAGAUGAGGAAGAAGAAUACGAGGACGAGUACAAUUAUGAAGGAGAAGAGGAAGAAUGCGAGGAGUAUGAUUAUGGAGGAGGAGGAGGAAUGGUUGAUGAGUUGUGCCAAGAAAUGAGAAAGAUAAGCGUGGAUGGAGAGAAGACAAUGGCAAUAUUUAGCAGUAAGCAUACCAGGUUUGUGUACAACAGCGAUGGUGAGCUUCAAGGGGAGGAAGAAGUAUCGCCUAAGCCCUAAGCCUCUUAAGGAAAGCACCUCCACUUUCCUGAGAACUGCAAAAGUUUUUGUUGAUGAUUUUGAUUACACAUUUUGACAAAUAAGAAUGUGGUUCCACUUCCCACUUCUCAAAUUUGAAUCCAUCAUUUUAAAGUAUUAUUAUAAGCUAAAGAUUGUACAAUUCAACGUAAAAAUAGAGCACGUCAUUUGAAGGUAUGAAAUUUUGCUGGCAUGCACAAGCAAAUUCAUCUUUCGCAUUUCAAUCGACCAGGAUAUUCGAGUUUAGAGAAACAAGCUCCAUGUUUCAAUCGAUGGAUGGGAUAUUAUUUGAAGAAUAACUUGAUUGAAAAAUAUUUGAUCGAU